GUGUUGCGAACAAGUGACAGCUGUCCAUGCCUUGCCUGGAUGAGGGGUUGGCCCUUCGGCCUAGCCUUUCUCCCCCCCUUAGUAAAAAAGCACAACACCACAUCAUUGACGGCCUCUACUUGGCGGUCGGUGAUGCCUGCAGCUGGCCCACAACCUCGAUCAGACGGUCUUGCCUCCAAUGGAUCGCAUUUCAGGCCUGCGGUGAGAGACAAGAAAGCGGAAGAAGAGGCCGUCCCUACCACCACCACCAUCACCACCACCAUUAAGGAAAACAACAGCAACAAACACCACCACCACCACCACCUCCUCCUCCUCCUCUUCCCUCACCAGCACCAUGGCGGAGUAGUCUUGCAGCCUCUUGUGGACCGAGGAAGAGCACUAGCCCACCCCGGUGUCAGAAUGGCCUCAGUUGAAAACGGAACUCUUUGCGAGUCUUUCUCGUCACGUACUCGUACAUUGACUGACUGACUGACGGAGGCACGGACGGACAGGCUGUUUGUUAAUACUGUGGCUGGAGAGACGUGAAAGUGCUAUAAUUUUGUAUUUUUACAUGGAUUCUGAUCAGCAAAGUGAUUAUGUGCUAGUCCUUGUGGUCAGGGUCCAGGUGUCCAAGUGUCCAAAAUCCGAACGGAGACAUGACUGAACACAAUGAGAGCAAAUCAGAGGGAGGUUCGCCUAUCAAUUCCUCGACCCACUCGAAACGAAGUACUAGCUCGGCCUGUGUCCAAUUAGAGGACCUGGAGCCAGGAGGUGUGACUGCCAACUCGCGGGUCAGCUCGAGUAGCCGACCCUUCGUCAUUCAAGACAUGGCGAGUAGUGUCCAAUCCGUGGGUGGAAACUUGGCUUUCAUGACAGAGGAGCCUUAUUUCAGUCCGGUGCUCUUGGAUCAAGGGCCGAAUGGCCUGCCCGGUCAGACUGAUAGCCGGUCAGCUCAUAGCGUGGCCAUGGACAGUUUCACAACGGCUGCCUCCUCCUUAAGUUUGAAUGGAGACUUUUGCAAGAUUUGUCACUGUGGAAGUGAGCCAAAUAUGCCCCUGAUCAAUCCUUGUUUGUGCUGUGGAUCCUUGAAAUAUGUCCACCAAGAGUGCCUUCAGCGGUGGAUCAAAUCGGCGGACAUUAAACGAUGCGAGUUGUGCAAAUACCCAUUCAGUAUGCAAUCCAAGGUGAAACCAUUUUGUCAGUGGGAAAAACUGGAUAUGACACAGAUUGAACGUCGGAAAUUAUUGUGCAGCGUGUCUUUCCAUAUCAUCGCCAUCACAUGCGUGAUCUGGUCAUUGUACGUUCUCAUUGAUAAGACCGCCCAGGAGAUCAAGUCUGGGGAGCUUCAAUGGCCUUUUUGGACCAAAUUGGUGGUGGUGGCCAUCGGCGUCACUGGAGGAUUGGUCUUCAUGUACAUCCAAUGUAAAGUCUACAUUCAUCUGUGCCGAAAAUGGAAGGCUUAUAAUCGGAUCAUAGUGGUCCAAGAUGCCCCAGAAGGGAUCCACAAGCACAAGAGUUCUGCCCUUGGAAAAGAACUUUCUCGCCAAGACAGCCAAUCAUGCCAGAAGCAAGAUUCCCCCGACCAAAUGGUUCCAUCAGAGCCAGAUGUCUUUCAGACAGAUUUGCAAAGGACUAGUGAUGGUUCGGUUUCAACGAUUUCGAGUUCCAAUCCGGAUCAAUCGCAGAGUCCCACCACUAAUAACGUGGAGACCCAAACAGCUCUGAGAGCCGUGAACUUCAUGGACGUAUUGGGUCGAAGAAGCAGUGAUGGUGGAAUGAGAGAUCCAGGAGCAUUGGAGACGAAUUCUGUGGUCGCCCGAAUCUUGGAAGAUAUUCAAGAUGUGGAGAAGAACACCAUUUUUUUCACCGACUAUGAAAUUCAAGACAUCCGCGAUGGACAACCCUCAGGAGACUCUCCUCAAGAACCAGUAUUAGCCUCACAUUGCAAAACUAUCAAUGAGAUGGUCACGACGUCCGUGCCAAGCUGAAUCGGGCAUGAAUGGAACCCUAAGUUCUAUCUAUGAUCAUUUCGUUCGCUCAUACUGUAAGAGAUGAUGAGGUGGAUCCUACCACGGAUUCACGUUCUAUUAGCAUAGCCAUUUCCUAACACUUCACACAUGUCUUGCCUGGGCUUCAAGGGUCCUUGGAAAUGGUUUUUGGACACCAAGGAUCAAAAGAGGCAAACCAAACUUGUCAGACCAUUGGAUAUCUCGAAAUUGGCUUCUGUUCCUAAAAAAACAGUUCUUGCGGUUUCUUACUCAACCAAGCCAAAAUUGAUGGCAUGAAUUCACUGCACAAAUAAAUUCUCUUGCCUACAGAAGAAAUAUUACCAAUUCAGGAAUGACUAUUCACAUGUUGACAUUUCUUUGCUGUUGAAUCAUACUUUCAGAGUUGAUAAUAAAUCUGUGUUAAAUCAA